AAAUUAAUAGGUGACUACAGUUACUAACUGUUAGGUAACUUUAUUAAGACCUGUAAAAGGCACAGAUACAGAUUUUUUCCUUCCUAGAAACUAUUUACAUUUACUGCAAAGGUGCAUAAGAAGAAAACCUGUGACGCCCAAGACUUCAUGAAGUAUUCACUGACUGGAUUGUUAUAUCCAGUAUUAGCACAGCACGAUACACUGCCGGGAACAACUAAGAAGCUGGCAUUGAGUAACUGCGGCAUCUACAAGGUUCUUUGAUCUAUCAUAGUUGCUAAAAUCUCAACUCCCAACAUGAAGGAGAAUGAGCUAAGACAGAAGUUAGAUGACGCUACAGAAGCCUUCUUUGAUGAUUAUGGAGGUAGUCUUGCCAAACACUCCAGCUACAGACAAGUAUAGCAUACGACGUUGUUUUUCAAACCGUAUUGUCAAUAGCUGCAAACAUCAAAUACCUGAAGUGAUGGAAUCCAGUUCUGCUAUUGCCUGUGGAAGUCGGAAACCAAAUACUUCUGCCAACAAACGUCGACAUCACAGAAGUACUGUUUAUCGUAGAAUUACUAAAGUGAACGAGAUGGUUAAGAGUUGUCUAAAUUCUAUGCCCAGAUUGAAUGACUGUUUCCGUUCUGGAGGUAUUUAACCACAAGUAAUCUACGUCAAGUAUUUGUAACAAGUGAAUGACAGGAAAAAAUCCAACAGAAUGAGAAGUAUACCAGCCCAUCACCAGUUCACUCUACAUCCCAG